CGAAGCGAGGGAGCGCUGCAGCCGGGCGGGCGGGCGCGGGCUCUUUUGUUGCAUGGGUUUUUAGCCGCUGCUGUGAGGGGGGGGCUUUCCCCGCCCCCGGGUUUUACACCCCCCACCCGCCCCCCCCCCCUUUUAUCCCGUCGCCGCUCCCCCGCCCCAUGAGCGGGACCGUCUCUGCCCCCCCCGCCGGGGCGAUGCCCGCCGUCCCCUACCCGGUGGCGCUGGGGCUGACGGUGCUGCACACCGCCCUGUACGGCUCCCUCUUCCUCUUCGCCUACCUGCAGCUCUGGCUGCUCCUCUGCGCCGGGGAGAAGCGGCUGAGCUACCGCACGCUCUGCCUCUUCCUCUGCCUGCUGUGGGCGGCGCUGCGCACCGUGCUCUUCGCCGGCUCCCUGCCGGGCGCCCCGCCGGCCGCCCCGCUGCCGCGCCCGCCCUUCGCCCGCUGGCUGCUCCACUGCUCGCCGGGCUGCCUGCUCUUCGCCAGCCUCUGCCUCCUCCACCUCUACUUCGCCGAGGUUAUAUUCAAAGUCAAAUGUGCAGCAGAAUUCAAUAAGUACAAGGUCCUGUUGUAUCUGGGCUCCAUAUUUACCAGCCUUCUCUUUCUCAUUGUGAAUUUAACUUGUGCAAUGCUUAUCCAUGAAGAUGUCCCAGAGAGUCGGCUGAGAUGGACAGUAUUUGUUCGGGCACUAGUCAAUGACAGUCUCUUCAUUCUUUGUGCCAUUUCAUUAGCUUGUUGUAUGUGCAAACUUGCAAAAAUGUCAUCGGCGAACGUCUACCUCGAGUCAAAGGGCACAUCCGUCUGCCAGGCUAUCCUCGUCGGUUCAGUAGUUGUUCUUCUGUACUCUUCAAGGGCUUGCUAUAAUCUGGUAGCAGUGGCCAUAUCUCCAGAGAAUGUUCCUAGUCCAUUUAAUUAUGGCUGGGACAACUUUUCAGAUAAGAUGCAUACGGAGGAAGUCAGUGGUGAAGAAUAUGUGGUGUUUGGAGUGGUCCUCUUCCUCUGGGAGCUUGUGCCGACCAGUUUUGUGGUGCUGUUCUUCCGGGCUCAGAGGCUCACUCAGAACUUGACACCAGCUGGCAUGAUCAACAGUCACAGUUAUAGCUCCAGAGCGUACUUCUUUGACAAUCCAAGGCGAUAUGACAGUGACGAGGACUUGCCAAGACUUGGUGCGAGAGAAGGAGGCAGCUUGGCUACCCCUCAGUGCUCCGGCUGGUAUGGCACUCUGCCUGAGAGCGAUAGCUGUGCGGUUAUUCCCUGUCUGAGUGGACCUAAGCCAGACACCGCCCCACUGCUCUUCACGUGUAGUGAUUUGGAAACUAACAAUCACCACAGCUUAUACUCCACGCCACAGAACUGAAGAACCCCACCAAGAUUUGCUUCUCUUGGGGCAGCUUUCUUGGGAGUCCGAUCAUUUUCCAAACAUCUAACUCCAUCUGCACAAACAUUCCAUUCUCUCUUGCAGCUGUAAACCAGGACCUGGAGACUUAGGCUGUGUGUGGUAUGUAAAACUGUUAUUCAUGGUACCGUGUAGCAAAGGGAAAGUGAAAAAUCUCUGGGAGCUUUUUGGGAGGGAGGUCAAGUCUUCUCAAGAUGCUCAUUGGCAGCUAGAAGCCCCAGAGCUGACUCACUAGACCAACAUCAGAUGCAUAUUUGCACUUUUUUUAUCUGCACGUUCUGAAGGAACACAUCACGCUCCGACUUCCCUUUGGAACAGCCUGUGUCUGUUCCAUGUUACUUUUAAUUGCACAUCCAUGGCUGGGAGAGGUCAUCCCGUGAAGACGGGCGCGUCAAUAUGUAGACCAUGCUGUGCUCGGUGUCCUGAUCCACUCCAAGGACACAAUCUCUCUCUCUCUUCAGAGAAACUGUGUGGGAUUUAUACUAAUGAAGAAAGUUACCUAAUGUAUAAUGUGCCAUAUUCACAAUACAAAUUUAGUGUCUCUUUGCUGGGGAUGUGGUCUUACUCUAACUUGGUCCUCAUGUCAGCAGACUACUAAAAUACUCUUAGUUGGACUGUGGGUUAAAGCAAACCUUAAAGCAUGGGUGUGCGAAGGUCUUUAAAGGCCUGAGCUCAAUGGCUGUUUCUAGCAUGAAGGUCACUGAAAAGUAACUAUCUCUGCUCUUUUAAACAGAAAAAUGCCACCUAGAGCAAGCAGAAUGAGUAGUUACUGUUAAGCUUGUGGAGAGAGCAUGUGUCAAUGAGGCAUGCUCCUUGCCAGGUGGUUUCUUCAAGCAAACCUAGCAGUGAGUCUGGAUAAGUGGCGCGAGCAUUUUAUUUUGGCCGAAACCAAUACAUAACCUGGCUUCUUUCAUACUAGGAUCUGUUCACUGCAUUCCCUAGUGGAAUCGGUGCUUAAUCUGCCUUGGGGGAUAAUAUCAAUUUUAUAUUUAACCUGGCUGAAUAUAAACUAGAGGUCCUUCUUAGAACAUGAAAACUUCUCUUCACUUUCAUGGCAGCUUUCUCUGACAGAAAUCGGGAAGCCUACAGUGUGGUACCUGUGCCGCUAUUUGGGACUGCCUCAAAACUUCUAGUUCUCCUGUCUCUUCGUACUGUGUCUGAGGAAUGAGUGUCCCAUGACAUUCCACUGAAUGUAAUGUAAAAGUAGUGCAACAUGACCUGAACAAGGGGGACCCCCCAUUGAAGUAUUGGUAAAUUUUGGCAUCUCGUUGCAGCGUGUGCACUGGAGGGUGGGUGGGUCUAAUGAGUGAGUAGCAUUUAAUGGAAUGUGUAGGUUUUUUUAACGUCCAGGAUUAUAUUCUGGCAGGAAGUUGGUCUUUAAAUCACUUUUUUUAACUGUGUCCAAAAGCACCCUAUUUAAAAUAGGAAAGCAAGACGUGGCUGUGAGGAUGCACAGGUGUUUAGAUAGGCUCUAAAGUGAGCUGUUAAAUACACUGUUGGUCUACACAGAUUAGUAGCUCCUACAAGGAAAAGCAUGCUUCUAUGGCAAAGCUGCUAUGGCUAGUGUAGGGCAGCCGCUCUCUCCAGCAUCCCCAGGAUCUCUCCACCUUACAUUCCUUUAGAAGCUUAAACAGUUGGCAUACGUUGCUGAUGGCAGGAGCUGGUCCUGCCGAUCAACUGCAUGCACUUUCCAAGGGCGUGCUUAGUUUUUAAACUUGAAUUAAGGUUUGAUGUUAAAGUAGAACUUCACUGAGGGACUGAACAAGACCAUGUCUGUAGGACAGUGGGGAAAUGGCCCCACUAGACAAGUGGGGAUACCGCUGGCACAUGGAACAUAACUGAAGUGACCGUCUAGCCUUAAUGCUGAUUCCCAGGCUUGCAGCUAUAUGGUGGGUGUGACGCACGUUUUCCAAGAAUAAACUCUUGGUUCUCAAAGAAGAUAGGGGCGACUGGGGGGCAGGCCUAGGAUGUGUGUGGGGAAAGAACAUUUGAGUGUAUAGUGAGCAGAUCUAAAUCCUUGCUGUUACUGAGCUAGUUCUGAACCAGUUAGCUGGCAGACCAGGGACCCCCUCUCUCUGUAUAACCCCCACCCAGAAACUGAGCAGCUGGCUUGAGGUGUAGGGGUACUCUAAUGUCCUCACUUUCCUCUUUCGCUCCCUGGUCCAAAACAAAGGCAACCUGUACUCCUUCCUCUAAAGGCUCGGAGACUAUUUUUGGCAGAUCACUGGAUCCUUCUUGCUCGAGCCAGAAAGGACUUAGGAAAACCAUUGUCCCAGCUACUUUUAUUUUAGCUACCAUUGUAAGACCCGUCUCGUUGCCUAGGUUGGGAUUCAGAAACCAGUUGCUCUGUCUCGAUCGCUGCUUGACUUAUGGUGAAACUAGUUAGGGACCUGAACUCCAGCCGCAGCCCUUCUCUUUCCCCCUCCCAUAAGUCACCAAAGACGUGAAGUUCAGCCACUGGCCCCUGUUUUUGCUUAAAAGUCCAAAGCACUAGGAGCACUUUAAGUUUCCUUUGGAGGGAAGGGAGUGUUGUGCAAAAAAAAAAAAAAAGGGCUACAGACUCAUUGUUCAUAUUGCACUGACGCACAGAACGACAAUAUGAUCUUCCUCUCAUUAGGAUCACCGAUCAGGGCAGUGAGUCUUGUUGCUUAAGUGUGUACUAGUGAGUGACUAGCAAACGUUUUGGUUUUUAUUACUUUGUAUGGAUGGCCGUCAAUUUCAGAACUCCGACAGCUCAGAUUGGGGCCGGUCUUGUGUUUUACUGAAGUAAUUUAUAGCUGACGUGUACAAUGACUUUUAUAUGCAUAGUUGCCUUUCAUUCCAUAUUUUUUUUGUAAUGGUUUAACCGUUUCUCAGCUUCACAACCAGUCUAGAGCUGGUUGCAACAGGAAGCUGUGGCCAAUGAAUGUACCUAUUUGUUGUUGUUCACUAAACUGUAACCAAGCACUAUGUGGAAUAAAUUCUCCUGUGCUAUUUA